AUGUCGUCGAUGGAGGCGCCGCGGACGCCGACAGCGCCGCCAGUCAAGCUCGAAAUGCCGAGCGUGAUCAAGACGGGCAAGACGCCGCUGCAGCGGGACCGACAGCGGCGCAAGGAGCGGCAGCGACGACGCGACAUCCUCGACACGCUCGAGGUGCUGCGGCAUCACGUGCCGAUCAACUCGGCUGAGCGAGUGACGCGGACGGUGCUCCUGCAGCGGACCAUUGAGUACAUCGGAUACCUGGAGCAACGUGUCAAGCUCCUGGAGGCGGCGCCGAUGACUGGCGGCAUGGCCGCGCCGAUAGUGCCUCCGCUUGCCGCGUCGAUGGUGCCGCAGCUUGGCCCCGGCGGGGUGUCGUCGCCGUUCCCCACAAUCGACCUCACGUCCGGUGUGGUCAUGUCUGGGCUCUCGGGCACGCCUUCGUCGUCGAACGAGUCCAUGCCGAUGGCGAUGGCGUCGUCGUCGUCGACAGGCAACCCAAGCAGCAGCAUGCCUGUCUCGGGCUCAGGCUCGGGCUCGCCGCUGGUCGGCCUGAACUCUGCGAUGCCGGGCUACCCGCAUGGCAUGCCUGUGCACGGCGGCUUUCCGCAGGCGAGCCAGUCGAGCGCUGCUGGCGGCUGGCCGUCGCAGGCUUGGAAUCCGUCGAUGCAUGUGCAGCAUCAGCCUCAGCAUCAGCAGCAUGUGCCGGCGCAGCAAGCGCAGAUGCAGCAGGCGCAGCAGAUGCAGCAGCUGCAUCAGCUCCAACAGAUGCAGCAGAUGCAGCAGAUGCAGCAGCUGCAGCAGGCGCAACAGGCGCAGCAGGCGCAGCAGGCGCAGCAGAUGCAUCAGCUGCAGCAGCUGAAGAACCAGGCCCAGAUGCUGCAGGCCCAGCAUCAAGCCUCGCAGCAGGCCGCGCAGCAGCAGGCAAGCGGCAACACCCCUCAACCAACACCAACGGCAAGCGCAUCGGCGAAACCAUUUCCGGCGAACCGCGCGCAAGCAAGCGCCAUCAUGGCAUUGCAUCCACCACCCCUCACUUGUGAUGUUCGGUCGCUCCGCUGGCUCGACAGCUUGAGAGAUCUCCUCGCAUGACUGCUGCGCUGAUGUUCAGUGCGAACACAUCGGUGACCUGUGUGUAAAUGAGCUGCAGCCACGUGCUCGCGUUCACCUUACGCCAUCGGAGCUGUUCACAUGGCACCACGUCGUUGU